CAAGACUGAAAAUGUCCUCCAUCAGAAUCGGUCUUGUCUCAGGCCUCCAGAAACCAAGAUACGUGAUCCAUCUUUCCAAUGGAAAGCGAUUGGUGUUAUUCCGCUUGCCAUCGAUUGAGCCGUCCGGAUCAAAGAGCACCUCCGCAAAUGAAACCGACGAUGGAUGGUGUUAUUUUGCUAUGGAAGCUGAAUGCCCGCACGCUGGAGGGCCCAUGGAAGAUUCUCAUGUAGACAUUGAAGAUUCCGCAUAUAUCGUGACGUGUCCGUGGCAUGCAUACGAUUUCAACGUUGAGACGGGCGAAUCGAGUGUUGGCAUCAAGACUUGCACGUUCCCCGUGGAUGUCCGUGGAGGCAUUGUGCGGUUGCAUUAUACCGUGGGUGACGUCUCUCUCGUCCAGCUCGAACCAGUAAGCGAAACGGUGAAGUUGAAGAAUUGCCAAGAGCCACAGCGUCCUGCUUCAGCACAGCAGGACUCCCAUCCAGCAGGGCCGCCUAAGUACCUUGCUCAGGAAGCUACAUUAUGUGAAUGGGCAGCCCAUAUCUUGAAUACGCCCAAUCCGGAACAUAAAAUUGAACUAACAACUCAUUUGUAUUCCACCUUUGUGGAGAGGGAGGGUUCAUCUUCUCCCAUGCCUCUGGGGAGCGGAACCGUCACAGCCCCUGCUCGACCGCCGCGGGAAGGCCUGGUCACCGUUCAGCCGUGGCUGAUGCCGAAAACAGGAAAAGGUGGGACAUUGAAAAGCAGAAUCGCCAUGUUACAUGCCCUGGCCAACAUUGAGCUCUGGGCCAUCGAUCUUGCAAUUGAUAUUUGCAUUAGAUUUGCCACCUUCCAGACAGAACCACCAACGCCGGGAAUUCCACGCGAAUUACCGCGGACCUUUUUCCAUGAUUGGUUAAAGGUGGCUGCGGAUGAAGCCAAGCACUUUUCUCUGUUGCGCGUACGGCUUGAGGAGCUGGGCUCCUACUUUGGCGCACUGCCUGUGCAUCAUGGACUCUGGGAUUCGGCUACCGAAACAGCGCAUGAUCUUCGCGCGAGGAUCUGCAUUAUCUGCCUCGUUCAUGAGGCUCGCGGUCUAGAUGUUAAUCCUAUGACUAUUGCAAAGUUCCGAAGGGCACGCGACGACGAGAGUGUCAAGUCUCUCGAGAUCAUCCACAACGACGAGAUUACGCAUGUUACAACCGGUCAUAGAUGGCUGACGUGGAUCUGCCAGCAAGAAGAUACGGAUGCGGUGCAGGUCUUCCGCACAAACGUGCAGAAGCAUUUUCGGGGUGGAAUCAAAGAACCGUUCAAUGAGGAAGCUAGAUUGCAGGCCGGAAUGGAUAGACGGUAUUACGAGAAUCUGGUCUACUAGGGACAUCAAUUAGUUAGCCGCUUCGUGUGAUGGUUGCUUGCUCUUCUGGAUGUACUCUGGGCUGUUCCCGUUGCUUCGCGAAGACGCAGAACACCCACUGAUCCUCAUUAUUCAGGGGUGGGUCGGCACUUCUACUGUUCCUGCCUUGGAGCAGCUGUUCUGGAGCAUCCUACCGGGACAUAGCCCGAGACAUGCCACCAUUUUUACCACCAGUCGAAUCUGGAUCGACGGUUGACAAUGGCCAGUUACCUUGAUGGUGCUGGGGACAUCGCAAUCCGCACUGCAGCAUCGUUGCAUCUUUCUACUCUCCAUGACUCUCUUCCAUCGGAAACAUGCGCACGAUGCUUCAGCGUAUUACAGAUAAGAUCAAGAUGAUGUCUAUCGGCUGGAACAAUUGCAAUUUGUCGUAGUUUCCAUCGCGAUAUUUGUCGGCACAAGCUCGAUGUUAUGCUGUCAGGUCCAGCCUACACAGAACAGUAGAAUGAAACACAACAUAACCAGGUUGACCGACCUGAAUGAGUGCAACUCGCAAAAUCUAUUUCUCAUAUUCAGAGUUUUCACCGAAAACAAAACAAAGCUUGGUCAUUCAAAGCAGAUAUCACGCAAGACGAUAAGGCGACCCGGCCAUUGAAAGGCCGCUUAUUUUGCUACCCCGCGUGCGUCUUCC